UAAAAAUCCCAAUCUAAGAGACUGAGCCACUUCCAUACCCCUCUGCAGUGUGGAGUGAGUCCUGAAGGAGACCUGGAGGUUAAUGCAGGGAAACCAGAGCUAGGUUCUAGCUCAAACUCUUGACGUUGAGAGAUCUGAAGCUGGAUUAGAAAAGUCAAACAGCACAAUAUGGCAGGAACUGCAAGAGCAACAAAAUGCUAUUAAAACUCCUUCCUUUUCCUCGGAGAAUAAAGUGCUAAUAUCCUUAGCCAGGAAAAAUCACCCUUGAGUUCAUGGACCAAGACUAUUCCUCAUCUAUAAACAUAUUGCUCCAACUUUCCAGGCAGUUGGCCUGAGCGUGGGGUGAGGAUGAGAAAGUGUUGCAGAGUAAAUGACGCUAUGGAGAGAACCCACCUAUCUCCUGGAACAGCAUCACACGCAGGGUUAAUCCUGCCCACCACAGACUUUCUCAAAUGUCGCAAUGACCUUUCCGCUAUUGGGUCUGUCUGUAUCAUUGGUGAACUGCUGCUCAUUCUUUCAGUGCAAACAGCUUUCACCGAAGCACCGGUAAUGGAAUAUAGAGUCCAUAACACCUGCUACUGUUAGGCCUGUGUGAUUUCUAAUGGCUUUACUUUCCUCUAGUGUCCAGAACCAGGUGGAUGAAGUCAUUGACGUCAUGCAGGAGAACAUCACCAAGGUGAUUGAAAGAGGAGAGAGACUGGAUGACUUACAGGAUAAAUCAGAAAGUUUAUCAGACAAUGCAACAGCGUUCAGCAACCGAUCCAAACAGCUUCGAAGACAGAUGUGGUGGCGAGGGUGCAAGAUGAAGGCCCUUGUAGCUUUGGUUGCUGUCAUCCUCUUGCUAGUGAUCAUCAUACCUAUCAUCCUGAAAUACCACACUUGACUUGAUGGCUGGAGACUUCUGUGGAAGCGGCUCUGGGAUGAUAAAAGCUGC